AUGGACGGCGGCAGCGAGUCGAGCGGCGGGCCUGCGAGCGGGUCUGGGCACGCCGUUGCACCCACGCAGGUCGACGACGACGUCGCCGCGCAGGAGGUGGAGCAAGCGGCCGGGCCCUCCGAGGCACAGGUCACGCAGGCAGAGGCCGAGGCGGCGGCGGCGGCGACCAUGGCAGAAGCCAUGCGGCUGGCCGUGACGACGGAGCAGAUCACGGCGAACGUCGUCCGGCGGUGCGAGCAGGCGCUCGCCGCAGUGGACGCGACCCUGAGCGCGUCUUAUGCGGCGGCCGCGGACUUGGAACGUGUCGCGCAGCAACAGCAGCACAGCGCAGCGACACAGGAAACAACACAGGUGCCGCGCAGGACUGUGGCAAGGACGGCGGUGGCGGUCAGGGAUUUGCGCGCGCUGGCGUCGAGGGGCGCGAGGUUGACGGCCGGAGCGCUGAGGACGGCGCGGACGGCGGCCCAUCAGGCGAGGGAAGCCGCGAACAGUGCAAACAUGUACAGGUCGCAGGUGGCCGCCCAGACGGCGGCGGCGGCGGCGGAGACGCGCCGGAUUCGCGCCGAGGCGCUGGCGGAGAGGGCGGCGGCUGCGGCCCCGCCGGCGACGACGAACGCGGCGGCUGCGGGCCCGACCGCCGGGGGCGUACCCGCCCCCGGCCCGCCGGGCCCGGCGACGCCGUCUCAGCAGGGAAGGCGCCGUGCGGCCGGUCCGUCGCGGUCUCGGAGCCCCCCGCCCACCCGGCAGAAGAGGUGA